AUGCAGCAGAUGCUCCAGACCGUGCAGUAUCAAUACCGGAUCUACAACAGCGAUAUCGAACCAGAGCACGACACCGACUACUAUUGCUCUUGUGCCAUCCAUCAGUACAAGAUGGCAAAGUAUCGGCGAUACGGAGUCCAGGAAAUGUGGUCGAAGGCUGUCAUGUACCCAGGCGAGCACUCUUACAACGACAACCAGAUGACCGGCAUUGCCUUGUUUACGCGCAACCCCUACCAGUUUCGCGUUAAUUCUGUGUACGGCUACAAUGCGUUCGCCGUACGCUUUUCGAUGCCACGUCCUGUCCCGUCGUGGCACGCACGGGCGAUCCACCAGACAAUCGACCUCAACAACUCUCUGAACCGAGAAGUUCAACAGAGCAUCGACGCCAAGGAACCAAAACACAGCAUCUGGGAGGACAAUGCGCUAGAGGCUGCCAUGACGAACCUCUCUAUCGGUGACAGAAAGCCGUCAGUGGCGAACGAUAAAGGAAUAUCUACUGAUAAGGCGCCGAGCGAGAAGCGACAAAGCCUUGUCCCAUCCACAGCAUCGAGAACUGCAGAGCAGCCGAAGCUGUCGAGGUUCUCCAGCUUCAGAAAGUCUCUAGGCAUCAAGUCUUCAGAAGAACGGGCGGUGUCGAAAGCCCACAAAGCUGUUGACAAGGGCAACAGCCUGCGUGACGACAUCAUGGCUGAGGAAGAAGCACGGUGGCCUGACGAACAGUGGCGGGGGCUAGUCAGUAACUAUCAGGAGAAGGUUGGCAUGACCCGCAUGAUCUCGAACCUCAGAGCCCGCAAGCCGAUCCAGUAUCUCCACCUCCUGCGUGCUGGCUACUUCGAACCGAUUCCAGUUGCGUGGGCAACGCAGGCUUCGAACCCGCUGAAGUUCAGCAUCGAAGCUGCGGCGGGUUGGCGUGGCAUCACUCCAGCCUGGCGAGGCUAUGAAGACACCGCCGAAGAGCGGUUAUACUGGGUUCUCAACCACCGUGAGGGCAGCGUCGGAAUGCGCAUGAAGCCUGACUUCAUCUCCGAGCUCAACAUGGCGAGGGAGAGGAUGGCGAGGGCUGUUGAGCCACCACCUCUAUACUACGCAGCCGAUGAUGUCUGCCAUCUUCAGCACACUUCGAAAGGAUACUCGCCGCAGGUGAUGCCGCCUCCUUAUGUGGCUUACGACAGGCCAGAGCAGGCGUCGGACGAUACGAUGAUCCUGCUAGAUGUGAGCGGAUCGAUGGAUUUUGACCCGCAGAGACCGGUUUAUGAGCAGUAUCUCGUCACGGGCUUUGCUCCAUCCACGCAGCCGAAGAACAAAGACGUCGCCAAAUCCAUCAUCGGCCGCUUCGCAGAUGCAAUGGCAAACCACGACCACCAAAACACCGGCUACGACCUCACCACUUUCUCGACUCAAGCAAGCUACAUUGGCCCUAUUAACCACCAGAGCCUCGACAGUCUGUGGCGUAAAGUUCGCUUCGGGGGCGGAACUCGAGUGAUGACAGGCUGGCAGAAGGUGAAAGACCUCCAUUUCCAGAAGCACUCCGAAUCCGCCGUUCACCACCCGGUUUAUGGCUGGCAAGCAGGUCCAUCAACGCCGAUGCUCCGCUUACUCCUCCUACUGGAUGGCGAAGCGACGGAUAUGGACGAGUUCGAGCUUGACCUACUUGGGCUGUCAUGGGCACAUGUGACGAUCUUCCUGAUCGGCGUUGAUGGCUGUCCACACCAUCACCGGCAUGCGAACGAGUUGCAACGGAUUAGUGAUGUCAACCAUCACGUCUCUUUCGUGGAUGCGCAGGGUAACUGUCCGGAGCGCUUUGUGACACAUGAGCUGCUGAAGAGACAUCUGGGGUAUGACGUUUCGAUGCGGGAGUUUGAGGAGAUGGAGGAGCUGCCGGCUUAUCAGGAGUGA